AUGCCCUGGAGCUGCAUCAGGGAGGCGCUCGUGUAUCACGAAGUGCCUCUCUACCUCCGCCGCAUAGUCGGGGCAUAUUUGUCGGAGAGAGCCGUCGUCUACCCCAGUAGGACCGGCCUCGGUAGGCGUGAAAUGUCGUGCGGUGUUCCGCAGGGGUCGGUGUUAGGGCCACUCUUGUGGAACAUCGGCUACGACUGGGUGCUUCGUGGUGCCUUCGUGGAUGGUGUCGCCGUCGUGUGCUACGCGGACGACACACUCGUGACGGCGCGCGGCAAGACGCACCACGAGGCAACCCUGAGGGCCACGGCCGGGGUUGCCCAAGUCGUUGAGCGUAUCCGGCGGCUGGGUCUCGAGGUGGCUCUGCACAAGUCCGAGGCCCUGUUCUUCCACGGGCUUCGGAGGGAGCCGCCUGAGGGAUCUAGCCUCACGGUAGGAGGCACUCGCAUCGGCAUCCAGCCCUCGAUCAGGUAUCUGGGGCUCGUACUCGAUGGCCGAUGA